AUGCUGUCUCGAAACCAAAACCUCUUCACUGCCUUGAUUGCGGGCUCUGUUGGUGCCGCUGGCGGCUACUAUUUCCGGGGAUGUGUAAGUUGAAUUCAUACUUCUGUAUCUUCUAAAUCUCUUCAUUUUACAGCAAAGUUCCAAGUCGUGUCAUCAGAAGGACAUUGGUCUGACCGGAGUUGAUCCGGCGAUUCAACAAAAAAUCGAAGACGCAUAUAAAAAGCUCCAAGCUCAUCCCGAAUGCAAAUCUUUGCUCAAGAAACAUCUUACCAAGGAUGUUGUCGAGAAACUGAAGGAUCGAAAAACCCCAAUGGGAGCCACUCUGUAUGACGUCAUCCGCUCUGGAGUCUAUAAUUUGGAUGCCGGCGUUGGAGUUUAUGCCCCGGAUUAUGAUUCUUACAAAGUUUUUGCCGCUUUGUUUGACCCAAUCAUUCAGGAGUAUCAUGGUUUCGGACCCAAGGAUAAGCAGCCUCCAGUGGAUUUGGGAGAGGGAAAAACCAAGGAGUUCCCUCCAUUGGACCCUGAGGGAAAGUAUAUCAUCUCGACCAGGUAAGGAGUGAUUUUCAGGGUUGAAUCGAUAUAAAAUUGGGAAGGAAUGGUAAAACAUGGCUUUUUUCUUUGCCGUGUUCUUUUUUUUUGUGGCUUCUACAGUGAAGGACCCGAUCCAGUGGCAAAAAAACGUACCAUUUUGCAUCCGGGAAGCAUCAAGAAUGUGGCAAAAUGCUUCCCUCUCCAAGUGAAAAAAACUUCGUUUUGAAGGGCGCGCCCCACGUCAAGAAAUUGCGGGCAUUGCAAUGGUUCUCACAGCGAAAAAAAAUUCAUAAAAUCUGUCAUCCAAAUUGCACAUAACAACAAUGUUUAACCUAAUUUUUUUUAUGGGAGCUCUAGGGAGUACUACUAGUCGUAUACAACUGUUUUUUAUACCACUGGCACAUUCUGAAUGGGUGUCAUCGUGACGCAUUUUUUGAACACGGUUCGAGCUAGGCUAAAAAUAGUGCAAAUUUCAAGGCCGAAUAUCAAAAAAACUGUCCCAUCAAGCGGGACGAGACCGAUGUAGAUACUUGAAGAAUAGUUUAAGGAUUUUUUUGACGUGGAGCCUAUACCCCCUUCCAGUUCUCUCUGACUCGGUAUCGUCGAUACAAAAUUUUAUUUAGACGUUGUUUUCUUCGCCUUGGAAGACUGUCAAAAUACUAUGAUUAUGGGUAUAUUUUGGUUCUAUUAGCUUAAGCAACUCUCGAGCUUUCUAUUGGUAUCAAUAUCUUGUGAUUUACUAAUAAUCUUUAUGUCAAAAUAUUGCAAACCAUUUGGACAAAAACGGAUUUGCACCGGGCAGAAUGCCAAAAAAAAAUUCUAGGCUUUUUCAUUGGGCGCCCGUUUUUCUUUUAUUUUUUCUUGACGUGCGCCCUUUCCCUCAAAAAAAGAGUUUUGAAAUCGUAGUUUUUUUCACUUGGAGAGGGAAGCAUUUUGCCAUAUUUUUGAUACUUUCCGGACGCAAAAUGACACAUUUUUUGCCACUGGAUCAGGUCCCUCAUUGUAUUUAAUACUGACUCAAAAAUUUUGACGGAAAUUUGAAAAUUAUGCUUCGAAUAUUUAGAAGUUAAAAUUUAUCAGCCAGCAAAUGAAAUUUCCAACCAACAAGACACAAAUUUUGAUAAUUAUAGUCACGAUCUUGAACAUAAAUUUUCUCAGGCUUAUAUGUGAGUAUGUUAGUCGGAAAAUUCGACAAACCUUUGCGUUUUUUAUGGGCUACCUCUGCAAACCGAAAGCUAAAAAGCGUGUGCAAAACUUCCAGAAGAUCUACCCAUGACACAAUGAGAACUUCAUUGAUUCACAUUACCAAAAAAACCUUCGAUUUUCAGAAUUCGUUGUGGCCGAACCCUGAAUGGCUAUCCAUUCAACCCAUUGCUCAAGGAGUCUGACUACAUUGAGAUGCAAGCCAAGGUCAAGGAAGCCUUGGAGAAAGUCAGUGAUGCUGAUUUGAAGGGAACUUACUAUCCAUUGGAAGGAAUGAGCAAGAAGACUCAGAACCAGUUGAUUCAGGACCACUUCCUUUUCAAAGAGGGCGAUCGUCAUCUUCAAUAUGCCAAUGCUUGCAACUACUGGCCUAAGGUGAAAGAUUUAUGGCCAAGAAAACAAAAAAUGAUUUGUCAUCCGCAUGAGUUCCCUAAUUUACAUUUUUUUCUCUUUUUCAGGGCCGCGGUAUCUUCCACAACAACCUCAAAUCCUUCCUUGUCUGGGUCAACGAAGAGGACCAUAUGCGAAUCAUCUCCAUGGAACAGGGAUCUGACGUCGGCAAGGUCCUGGAUCGUCUGAUUCGUGGAGUUCGCUCGGUCGAAACCAAGGUUCCCUUCGCUCGUGACGAACGUCUGGGCUGGCUGACCUUCUGCCCCACCAAUUUGGGCUCUACGGUCCGCGCUUCGGUCCACAUCAAGCUGCCAAAAGUGUCGGCGCGCAAAGAUUUCAAGGAAAUCUGCGACAAAUUGCACCUGCAAGUCCGCGGCAUUCACGGCGAGCACUCGGAAAGCGAGGGCGGAGUCUACGACAUCUCCAAUCGGGCCAGAUUGGGACUGUCCGAGUACCAGGCGGUGAAACAAAUGUACGACGGAGUGAAGGAGUUGAUCCGCUUGGAGAAGGAGUCGGCUUAG